AUGCUCGACAUCAACGACUUCAUUGCCGAGCGCGGCGGCAACCCCGAGAAGAUCAGGGAGUCCCAGCGCAAGCGCCAUGCUCCCGAGGAGGCUGUCGACGAGGUGAUUGCCUUGUUCGAGGACCACCGCAAGACUCAGUACGCGGCCACACAAUUCAACGCCAAGAUCAACGAGGUCCAGAAGCAGAUCGGCCCCAAGAAGAAGGCCAAGGAAGAUGUCACCGAACUCCUCGCGAAGAAGGCCGAGCUCGAAAAGGAAAAGAAGGACAUGCUCGCCCAGGCUGCUGAGAAGCAGCAGAUCUUGAACGCUAAGCUCAAGACCAUCGGAAAUCUUGUUCACGAGUCGGUUCCUGUGUCUAACAACGAGGACAACAACGAGGUCGUACGGACGUGGGCUCCCGAGGGCGUCACGUUUGAGAAGAAGAAUGUCCUUUCUCACCACGAAGUUCUCGAGAAGCUCGACGGAUACGACCCAGUCAGAGGUGUCAAGGUUGUUGGCCAUCGUGGUUACUUCCUCAAGAAGUGGGGCCUCUUCUUGAACCAGGCUAUCAUCAACUAUGGUCUCGAGUUCUUGGACCAGAAGGACUACAUCGCUCUUGGCACUCCUAUGCUCAUGCUUAAGGAGCAAAUGGCCAAGACCGCUCAGCUCUCACAAUUCGACGAGGAGCUGUACAAGGUCACUGGCGACCAAGCUGACAAGUACCUGAUCGCUACCUCGGAACAGCCCAUCUCCGCGUUCCACAGCGACGAGUGGCUCCAAUCCAAGGACCUCCCUCUCAAGUAUGCCGGCUACUCGACAUGCUUCCGCAAGGAGGCUGGUGCUCACGGCAGAGAUGUCUGGGGCAUUUUCCGCGUCCACGAAUUUACCAAGGUGGAGCAGUUCUGCCUCACGGAUCCCGAGAAGUCGUGGGAGAUGUUUGACCAGAUGAUUGCCAACUCGGAGGAGUUUUACAAGUCGCUCGGCAUCCCCUACCGCGUCGUGGCCAUCGUUUCCGGCGCGCUCAACAACGCCGCCUCCAAGAAGCUCGAUCUUGAGGCUUGGUUCCCCCACCAAGGAGAGUUCAAGGAGCUGGUCUCGUGCUCCAACUGCACCGACUACCAGAGCAGAGACCUCGAGAUCCGCUUCGGCGUCAAGAAACAGACCGAGAUCAAGAAGACCUAUGUCCACGCCCUCAACUCUACGCUUACCGCCACCACGAGAACUAUUUGCGCCAUUUUGGAAAACUUCCAGACUGAGGAUGGCGUCAAAAUCCCAGAGCCACUGCGCAAGUACCUUCCUGGCGCCCCUGACUUUAUCCCUUUCCCUGGCAAGGCCAAGAAGGCGGAGGAGACAAAGGAGAUUCCUAUUCGUUAA